UAGGGGGCAUUUUGGUGUGGACCAGUCAGACAAAUCCUAUUUGGAAUUCUUCUUAGAGAAGGCAAAGAGUGAAUACUCGCGGGAAAGCUCUUCUUCUCUCUCUAAUUCGAAAGCAAACAAGUAUCUGAAGAUGGAUUUGGACCCAGAUGAUAUUUUCAAGGACGACGAAGACGACCCAGAUAAUGACCUGGAAAGAGCAUCGACCAAAGAGUUUGUGGUUUAUCUUGUGGAUGCUUCGCCCAAAAUGUUCAGCACCACUUUUCAAGGGGAAGAUCAGAAGGAUGAAACUCCUUUUCAUGCUGCCGUUAGCUGUAUUUCCCAGUCACUGAAGACUCAAAUCAUCAAUAACUCUAAUGAUGAAGUAGCAAUAUGCUUCUUCAACACUAGGGAAAAGAAGAAUUUGCAGGACUUGAAUGGAGUUUUUGUAUUUAAUGUUGCUGAAAGGGAGUACUUGGACAGGCCUACUGCUAGGCUAAUAAAAGAAUUUGAUCGUAUAGAAGAAUUGUUCAUAAAAGAAAUUGGGAGUCAGUAUGGUAUCAUGUCUGGAUCUCGCGAAAAUUCUCUUUACAAUGCUCUCUGGGCGGCACAAGCGUUGCUGCGUAAAGGGUCUGCAAAGACAGCUGAUAAGCGAAUACUCUUGUUUACGAAUGAAGACGACCCUUUUGGGAGUAUCACAGGGGCAACAAAAAUGGAUAUGACAAGAACCACGUUGCAACGGGCUAAAGAUGCACAAGAUCUUGGCAUCUCAAUUGAACUCCUCCCCUUGAGUUGCCCUGACGAGGAAUUUAAUGUUUCUGCUUUUUAUGCUGAUUUAAUAGGAUUGGAAGGUGAUGACCUUGCUCUAUUUAUGCCCUCAGUAGGGGACAAAUUGACAGACAUGAAAAAUCAGCUGAGAAAGCGUAUGUUUAAGAAGCGUGUGGUUAGAAGAAUCACAUUUUCAAUUGUCAAAGGCUUAUCUAUUGAACUAAAUACAUAUGCUUUGAUCCGUCCGACUGUUCCUGGGACAAUUACCUGGCUUGACUCUAUCACCAACCUUCCUUUAAAGACAGAGAGAUCUUUCAUCUGUGCAGAUACUGGGGCUUUGGUUCAACCAACUAAACGUUUUCAUCCUUAUAAAAAUAAAAAUGUUAAGUUUACAACAGAAGAGCUAUCAGAAGUGAAAAGAAUUUCAACUGGACAUCUUCGCCUUCUAGGAUUCAAACCUUUGAGUUGCUUAAAAGAUUACCACAACUUGAGGCCAUCAACAUUCGUUUUUCCUACUGACAAGAGAGCAGAUGAGGAUCCAAUUUGCCCCCGGGACAUGAAAAUCAGCAUCCAAGAUCCAUUGAUGACACUGGAAAGUGUCAAGGAAGUGGUUGGUAGUACUUGCAUUUUUAUUGCCCUCCAUAGAUCCAUGUUAAGGCUUAAACGCUUUGCAGUUGCAUUUUAUGGCAGUUCAGCUCACCCUCAAUUGGUUGCCCUUGUUGCACAAGAUGAGAUCAUUGCUGGUGGUGUUCAGGUUGAGCCAGCAGGCAUGCAUAUGAUAUAUCUUCCAUAUUCUGAUGAUAUCAGACACAUCGAAGAGCUUCAUUCGGAUAUAACUGUCCCAACACCUCGAGCAACUGAUGAUCAAAUAAAAAAGGCCACUGCUUUAAUGAGGCGCAUAGACUUGAAGGAUUUUUCAGUAUGCCAAUUUGCCAAUCCAGCCUUGCAGAGACAUUAUGCAGUGCUACAGGCUCUAGCCCUGGAAGAAGAUGAGAUGCCUGAAAUCAAAGACGAAACUCUUCCAGAUGAGGAAGGGAUGGCUAGACCAGGAGUUGUCAAUGCAUUGGAAGAAUUCAAGAACUCUGUCUACGGGGAAAACUACAAUGAAGAAGAUGAAGGUCAUGGAAAAGAAAGUGAUGCCUCCAAAAAACGAAAAGCUGUUGCUGAAAAUGCUGUUAAGGAAUCAGCAAACUAUGACUGGGCUGACCUUGCAGACAAUGGAAAGUUGAAAGAUUUGACGACAGUGGAGUUGAAGUACUACCUGACGGCGCAUAACCUUGCAGUUGGUGGAAAGAAAGAAGUUUUGAUCAGCAGGAUCUUAACUCACAUGGGAAAAUGAGGUGCUGCUUUCAGGCUGAUCAAUUUUGCCCCCAGCAGAGAGUAAGCUUUUGGUGAACAAGGGGAGAAAACAAAACCCACUAGUUUUGCUUGUACUUUAGCUCAACCUUUGCAUUUUGGGUUUUGGAAUCAUGUUUCUGAGAAUUCACAGGGUUCUUCCUGGUGAUGAUAGCAAAAUUAGCAAUUGAUUUGGAAUUAUGUUGUAUGGAAUUCCAAAUCACAAAACUGUUCAUCAAAUUCAGUUCCUAAAAAGGGUGGAAGACCUAAUUUUAUGGUUCAAAA